UUCUUUUAAAAGUUGUCAGCAAUUGAUGCUUUUUUCUCUUUAUCUUUCCCAAAUCUGAUGUUGACUUGGAAAUACAACAUUUGCAUCACUUGUGGAGGACACCAACUGUUACAGUUAUAAGUUAAAGGGCAUGCUCUAUGCCAGGCCCUCUAAUGUCUCAUUGCAUCACUUGUGGAGGUCACCAACUGUUACAGUUAUCAGUUAAAGGGCAUGUUCUAUGUCAGUCCCUCUAUUGUCUCAUUAAUUUCCCUCAGAGAAAACAGUUCAAGUAUUCCUCUAUGGGUUCUAGAUCAGCACCAUGUGAUCACUGUGGAAAAGAACUCUAGGUUGGUCUGGUUUUCAAUGGAGCUAACAAAAAGACAACAAGGGAAUUUGUGGAGGAUGAUUGUAGCUGGAAGACCUUUUGUCAUAAAGAGGUGCUGAUGUCUUGAUUUAGGCUUUUCUGAGUUUUAAAUUGGAAGCUUUUCUUUGUUUGGACUAUAAACUUGAGACCAAGCUAUGUUUAAAUUUGAGCCAGACAAAUGAAAGACCAACUUGGCUGUCUAUUUACCGAAAGUGCCUUUUUUACUAAGCCCCAUACUCAGAAUCCUAUAACAUAACUACUACAGACUUGGCUGCUUUUCACAUCAAACAGAAUGUUAAAGGGAGUGGGGGGAAGAAAAAUAUUUUCUCCCACUACUCUCCUACCCUUUGCUCCAGCCAAACUGAACUACUCUCAGUUCCUGAACACACCCUGUACUUUUCCUGCCUUCUUGGUUUGGCUCAUGCCAUUCCUUUUUUCCUUAUUCUUCCACCCUCUCCUCAAGUGCCACCUCCUCCAUGGAGACUUUCUUGAUUCUUGUCUGGCGGACCUUACAACAAUUCCUUCCAUCGUUUGAGUUCCUGUAACUUUUCCUCACUUGUGAUAUCCUCCUACCGAGCUGUGUUACUUGAAUUGCUAUAUGCCCUAACUAUUAAAUUGUAAGGCAGAAAUUGUCUUACGUCAUCUUUAGGAUAUAUUUUAUUUAACGUGAUAGAUAAACGUUAACUAUUAUUGUUGUUUGUAAUUCCUGGCAGGUGUGUAACAAGCAUACCAUAGUUUUUUAUUAAAUAAAUGUAGUAGUAAAGAUUAUUAAACAUCGAUUAAAUAGUACAAUCAAAUGAGAGGAAAGAGGAUGGAGGGACUCUUUGGUCUCCAAGCUCUCUUCUUGGAUGUCCCAUUCUAUAAUUGUGUCAUUUUUCUUUUGGUAUUAAUGAAGUUGAAGUUUGUUGUAGUUGUUUUUUGACUGAAAUAAAAAUUUUCAUGGUUCACAUUUUGUCGAUGAAAAACAGCUGUUUAGAUUGCUUGAAGCCAUUUUUGCGCAGAUUGAAGACAGUGCAUAAGGAAGUUCUCUUUGAUGAUCUGGCCACAGGUAGAGAAGCAACUAGUGGAGGCUGGGUCGCCAGGUGUUCCAGUGCCCAGCCGUUUUCCCUCCCUACUCCCCCCAACCUCUCGCUCCUUUCUUUUAAAAUCUCCAGCGACGGCUCCUGGGUGCUUAGUCAGCUGGGAGGCAGGACUCCACUGUUUGUAUUAGCCCUUCAAGCAGGAGGGCAGAGCCCGGAGCCGCGGCAGCAGCAGCAGCCUGGGCUCAGUUCUUCCAGUCUGACUUGGAAGUACUUUCACAUUUUCCCUUUUCCCAUUCAUUGGUUCCCUGGGGUCACGUGCAGGCCGGGGGGGGGACUGGAAUUCGGGAGUUGUAGCUUUUGGCACUCCUUUUUUUUUCCCCCUUAAAAAAAAAAAAAAAAAAAAAAAAGCUUGCUCUGUGCGUCUCUCCAGGGCUUGUUGCCUUUGCACUACUGUGAGUAAAGUUGGAAGCAGCCGCGCAAAGGACUGGGGGUGGCAGGUUGGGGAAAAAAAAAAAGAAAGAAAGAAAGCGAGUCGCGGAGAUGUUCAGGCAGGUCCCCAGGACCCCGGGCUCUGGCUGCUACUAUCUCAAUCCCAUGACCCCCGAGGGCCAAGAGAUGUACUUGCGGCUAGAUCAGAAGAUGAGGUGCUCUCGUUACAGGAUGAGCAGGAUCCUCGCGCGCCAUCAGCUAGUGACCAAAAUCCAACAAGAAAUUGAAGCAAAGGAAGCAUGUGAUUGGUUGAGGGCUGCUGGAUUCCCACAAUACGCUCAGCUGUAUGAGGAUUCACAAUUUCCCAUCAACAUCACAGCUGUAAAGAAAGAUCAUGAUUUUCUUGAAAAGGAUCUUGUAGAACCUCUUUGCAGACGACUCAACACAUUGAACAAGUGUGCCUCAAUGAAACUUGAUGUGAACUUCCAAAGGAAAAAGAGUGAUGACUCAGAUGAAGAAGACCUAUGUAUCAGUAACAAAUGGACCUUUCAAAGGACAAGCAGGAGAUGGUCUCGAGUGGACGACAUCCACACAUUAUUUCCCCAAGCAAACAGACAUGGAUCAUCUGGGGAUGUCAGAAUGAAAACCACCACAAGCAGUGAAAGCGUCCUUACCGACUUGAGUGAGCCUGAGGUCUCUUCUAUUCAUAGUGAAAGCAGCGGAGGAAGUGACAACCGGAGCCAGUCUGGCAUUAACAGUACUGGCAGAGAGGCUUUUGAUUGUUCAGGGCAGUACUGUGGGGACGCCCCAGUCAUGCUCGACUCCACUUUAGUCAGUGGCAGCUUAUUACAGAACCCCAAAGACAUUGCCAAUUAUAUUCACCCAAAGAAUGAGAAACCAACGCGAACCAGAGCCAAAUCUUUCUUAAAACGCAUGGAGACACUAAGGCCUAGAGGGACACAUGGCAAGGUAAAGGGAUCAGCAAGGACAGGUGGCUUGGUGAUAAGUGGACCUGUUCUUCAGCAGGAGCCAGAAUCCUUAAAGACCAUGCACUGUGUGCCAUUAGCAAACGGGGAUUUCCAAAACUCAACCCAAGAUGCAACCAAGAAAGGACUUCCAUUCUCUGCCAAAUCCAACAGUGAUAGCAGCCAGUCAGAAAAUAGCAGUAGUGGUGUGAGCACACCCUGCUUGAAAGAUCGCAAGUGCCAUGAAGUCAGCAAACGUGGGGGGAUGUAUCUGGAAGACUUGGACGUUCUGUCUGGGACAGUAUUACAGGAAGUCAUAGACCAAAACCAUAAAAAUGACUUUCACUCCCAGGAGAACCUUGUGGUCCACAUCCCCAAAGACCACAAACCAGGAACUUUUCCUAAGGCACUUUCUAUUGAAAGCCUCUCUCCAACAGAUAAUAGCAAUGGGGUGAACUGGAGGACGGGCAGCAUCUCUCUGGGUAGGCAACAGUGCCCUAGUACAAAGGAACCCAGACUUAUGGCCUCUUGUCACAGAGAAAGUAGAGUUAGUAUUUAUGACAAUGUCCCAGGCUCACACUUGUAUGCCAGCACUGGGGAUCUUUUGGACUUGGAGAAAGAUGACCUCUUCCCACAUUUAGAUGACAUUCUACAACAUGUUAAUGGACUCCAAGAGGUAGUAAACCACUGGUCAAAGAAUGUCUUGCCUGAACUACAAACAGAUGAUGCAUUAGUUGGGGAAUCUGGCUUGUCACCCUUCCCAUCUCCUAACCAAAUUACGUUAGGGGAUUUUGAGGGGAACUCGGUUUCUGAUGGUCGUACAACACCUAGUGAUAUGGAGAGGGAUGGGACCUCCCUUAAUGACUCAGAGGCAGCUGGAGUCAGAGAAAGAAGGGAUUCUGGUGUCGGGGCAUCACUCACUAGGCCAAACAGAAGGAUACCAUGGAAUAGUUUCCAGAUCUCCCAUCAGCCAACUCAUUCCAUAGUGUCUCCACAAAUCAGUAAUCAGACAGCUGGCCAGUUGAAUCUCCUCCAGCGCUUCUCCCUCCUUCGCCUCACUGCCAUCAUGGAGAAGUAUUCCAUGUCAAAUAAACAUGGCUGGACAUGGUCAGUGCCAAAGUUCAUGAAGAGGAUGAAAGUCCCAGACUACAAAGAUAAGAAUGUCUUUGGUGUUCCACUGAUCGUUCACGUCCAAAGAACAGGACAACCUCUUCCUCAGAGCAUUCAACAAGCCCUCAGAUAUCUACGCAGUAACUGCCUUGAUCAGGUGGGUCUAUUUCGGAAAUCAGGAGUGAAGUCUCGAAUCCAAGCCUUGCGUCAGAUGAACGAAACCUUCCCUGAGAAUGUCAGUUAUGAGGAUCAGUCUGCUUACGAUGUGGCAGAUAUGGUUAAACAAUUCUUUCGGGACCUACCAGAGCCACUCUUUACAAGCAAACUAGGAGAAACUUUCCUCCAUAUUUAUCAAUAUGUUCCAAAAGAUCAGCGCCUCCAGGCAGUGCAGGCUGCCAUCAUGUUGCUGGCAGAUGAGAACAGAGAGGUCCUGCAGACUCUAUUGUGUUUCCUGAAUGAUGUUGUAAAUUUAGUGGAAGAAAAUCAGAUGACACCCAUGAACCUGGCUGUGUGUCUUGCUCCUUCCCUUUUCCAUCUUAAUUUAUUAAAGAAAGAAAGUUCCCCAAGAGUGAUACAGAAGAAAUAUGCUACAGGCAAGCCAGAUCAAAAGGACCUCAAUGAAAAUCUGGCAGCCACUCAAGGUCUUGCCCACAUGAUAAUAGAAUGUGACAAACUUUUUGAGGUCCCACAUGAUAUGGUAGCUCAGUCUCGUAACUCUUAUAUGGAAGCUGAAAUCCAUUCCCCAACACUGGAAGACCUGGGAAAACAGCUGGAAGAGAAUGGAGGAAAUUUCCAUGUAUACCUGGAACAUCUCAUCCUAGGUUUACAGAAAGAAGCAAAGGAAAAAUUCAAAGGAUGGGUCACUUGUUCAAGCACAGACAGUACAGAUCUUGCUUUCAAAAAGGUUGGAGAUGGAAAUCCACUGAGGCUCUGGAAGGCUUCUGUGGAAGUAGAAGCUCCUCCCUCAGUAGUAUUGAACCGAGUUCUGAGAGAGCGUCACCUUUGGGAUGAAGAUUUUGUGCAAUGGAAGAUUGUGGAGACAUUGGACAAACAGACAGAAAUCUAUCAAUAUGUUUUGAACAGUAUGGCUCCCCAUCCUUCCAGAGACUUUGUGGUUCUAAGGACAUGGAAGACUGAUUUGCCAAAGGGAAUGUGCACUUUAGUAUCUAUCUCUGUGGAACAUGAAGAAGCCCAUUUGAUGGGUGGGGUGCGAGCUGUUGUAAUGGAUUCUCAGUAUCUAAUAGAACCUUGUGGUUCUGGCAAGUCCAGGCUGACACACAUCUGCAGGAUUGACCUCAAAGGUCACUCCCCAGAGUGGUACAACAAAGGCUUUGGACAUCUUUGUGCAGCUGAAGUAGCUAGAAUAAGAAACUCUUUUCAGCCUAUUAUUGCUGAGGGUCCAGAAACUAAAAUCUGAAAUGGUUUGGCAAAAAGUAAGAGAAAGCAGAAACUCUCAUAGAGAAAGAGAGACUUGGAAAGUGUUCAACAUGGAAGCACUGAAAAGUGGCCGGAAACUACCAGACAGCAGAGACCUUUUCUGAAGAUCACUAAUAUAAUAGAUAUUCUUUUAUCGGAGCUUUUAUCUCUGUUACUUAAAAUUAAAGAUUAUUACUUGUGCAUUGCCUAAUUUUGCUAUUUAAGCGCUUCUACGAAGCAUAUUUUAAAUUGUAAAUAAACUUCUAUGUAGAAUAUGUAUAUAUUUGUGUAUAUCUCUAUAUACUGUAUAUAUGUAUAGUAAUUAUUAUAUAUAUAUAUAUAUAUAUAUUACAUAUAUCUAUAAUUGAGUGUUUGGAACAGGAAAACACCUGCAUCUUUUGACCCUUACUUAUUCAAUCUUUUAGAAUCCUCCUCAAUGCAACAGAGACUAAGCAAUAUCUACUAUAAUAUAAACAGCCCUAAAAUAUGAUAUAUGUAACCCAUUGUCAUAUCUAACCAAAAGGUCCCUAACCAAAGGAAAAUAAUUUCAGUCAUUCUCUUCUGUGCAGACCAUCAAUGCAUAUUAAUAAAAACAAACCAGUUCUUGUAAUUAGCCAUUAUGGGAUGAGAAUGUAAAAAGUAGCCAAUGAGCACCUAUGUUUACCAGCCUAUGUUCAAGAAGCUGUAAGAUGUUGAUAACUGUUCUAGCUCAUGGUCAAAUAUUUACUCUAUAAUGGAAACAGAAGCAGUGGUCCCACCCAGAUUUAGAAAUAAAUAUAGCUUUUUUUUAUACUUAGAAAAGAGCCUACACUUUUUCUAAAGCUUUCAUAGAAAUAUUUCAUAAUUUUCAUAAAUUUAAUUCAAUUUGACUAAUAGACUUUUUGGUCACAGUUAAUUAACAUUUUCUUACCAAUAUAUUGCACUGAUUUCUUAACAAUGACACCAAUUUAAGAGAAAUAAUGGCCAUUCAAGAGUACUGGACCAUUACACUUUCAGGGAAUUCAUAUUUUAUUACAUAUAAUACUUUAAAAAUAUAGUUCAUUGAAGUUUUACAAUUGAGAGAGUGGAUUUUUAAUUAACAUAAAACCAAAAAUAUACUUCUAAAUUAGUUUUAGAAAAAUGUACAAGUUUAUUAAUAUCAUGUUUCUUUAAUAGUCAACUCAAACUACCUAAGUGUUUGCCCCAACCUUAUUUAUUGCUGUAUAAACUAAGCAGAAGACAAUACCAAUUGCCAAUGGUGGUAUGUUUUUUGGGGGGGAAGGGAGGUUGGUUUUAAAUGCAUUCAGACAAUAGUAUAAAGAGAAAUUUAUUAAUAAUUCAAUAGAGAAAUAUUUUUAUAGCAAGUCAUCCAGCAAUUGGUAGUAAAGAGAGCUUCAUUUACUGAUUUCCAUUGUUUUGAAUCUGCUUGCAGUAUCUUUGCAUUUAUGUUGUUUUCUGCUGUCAGCAACAUGCAGGCAUUCUGUAGAGGAGAUUAAAAGUAUUAGAGGUGUGAGUACUGAGUUGCUUCAGUCACCUUCAAGGGAACCUUUGCUGCAUUUUUAUUAUUUUUACUGAGCAUGAAGGCAGUUGUCUGUCAUUUAAAAAAAAAAUUUUUUUUAAUUGUCCCACUGGCCAUGGAUAUCUUGCACCCUAUGCAUAAAAAGAAAGCCCAUAAUAUGCUACUGCCAUUUGGGCUGUCCUCCAGGAACCUAUCAAAGUAACUUCUGCCAGAACACAUGAAAUUUAAAUUCCCAUGUAGUUAUGCAUCAAAAUAAAUGUUACUAUCUGACUUCAAACUAUCCAGGGAAGUGACAUGUUUUGUCAGGGACAAAAAAAAAAAAACAUUCAAACAAUGGCAGAUAUAACAAGAUAUCAUCUGGAGGAUAAUUAAUAAAGUGACCAUCAGAAGGGAGGGCAAAAUUUGUUUCUGAUGCCCCUUCUUUUGGAAUUACCUAAUUUUGUUCAUAUUUUCACUACAUCUCUAAACUGCCUAACAACAUGGCGCACCUUUUUUUAAAAAUGUGCAUUAAGCUUGUGUCAAACACUAUACAAUAUUUUGUUCAUUGUUAUCUUGCCAUUGAGAAUACAAUAAGAUUAUUGAAUUUUAAUGUUAUAUUCAUAUUUAUACCUCAUGUAUAUUUUUACCUCAGUUGGUAUCAAUCAUCAAUUGUAAAUAAAUAAUUGCAAAGUCAAAUAAAUUUAUAUAUGCUAAAGAA